AUUGUUAUCGCCCUGGUUACUUUAUAAACAACCGGUUUAAAUAUGAGCCAUUUUUGGUGGAUAUCUAAUAAUUACUGAGAAAAUUUAUACCAUAAUAAACAAUCGAGACAUUAUUAUUCACAUAAAAUGGCAAGAAGUUGGCGAAGAACGAUUAGUGAUGCCGCAAAUUGGCAUCAAGAUCAAGCACUAAAUGCAACAAUAUAUAUACUCAGACAAACUGGCCCAACAGGUUUUCUCUUAAAGGAGGAUGGGGAGGAAAAAAAGGUUAAGGUUCAAAUUCGCAUAAACAAUAUGUACAAAACAUACGUUAAAAUUACAGUAACAUGGCAAUUAGGUCUAGUAGAACGUGAACUAAAUGAAAUUGUAAAUGGAGAUGCACACGUACGUCAACAACGAAUAACAGCUGCAGCAAGGCGAAUUGCGAAGUCCGCUUCAAAGAGGAAUGAUAAUGAAGAGGAGGAAAGUAAAAAGGACGAUAGUGGGGUUGAACAAAAAGAAAUAUCUGAUGAUGAUGUUUGUCCAAUAUGUCAAGAAAACCUACUUGAUAAAAGAUUACCAGUAACGUAUUGUAGGAAUGGUUGUGGAAACAAUGUUCAUAUAAAAUGUAUGAAAGUCUGGGCUGAUCAUCAAAGAUCAACUGGACAAACCGAUAUUACUUGUCCAUUUUGUAGAGAAAAUUUUGGUUCUUUUCACGAAUUAGCAACUCAAAUGUAUAAUUCAAGAAGCGAACGACCCUCAACGGAUGUUAAUGGUUUACCCCAACAUCGGGGUAUUUCGUGUAAUUCUUGCCAUUUAGUACCAAUAACGGGUAAAUGCUAUAGGUGUGGUUCCUGUGCUGAUUAUCAUCUGUGUCAAAUUUGCUUUAAUUCUGAGGCUCAUCGUCAUCACUCUUUUUUAUAUAGACAAAGGCCAAAUCAAAGAUGGAAACCGGCUCACCGAGAAGCCGUAUCAACUUUACCACAAGCUAUUAUCGAAGAUAUUGGCCGACGAGAAUUAGUUGAUGAAGAUUACGAGCUACUGCUACAACUUGAUAGUGAUCAACCUACAGGAUCGGACCUGGAUGAAUCGGUUAUUCAAAGUUUAAGUCAGCAACGCCUAGGUAGUCACAGCACCCUUCUCCAACCAGGCAGACAAUGUCGGGCCUGCCUUAAACCUUACAAUGCGGGAGAUUUUGUCAGACGCUUACCCUGUUCCCAUUUAUUUCACCGUAGUUGUAUUGACAGUUGGCUAUUGCAUAGGAGGGCCUGCUGUCCUCAAUGUGGAGCAACCUUUACAAAUCAAGGUCUAAGACAAUACUUGACCGAAAAACGUCGUUCAAAUUCGAUAGAAGUCGCCAGCAGCCCAAAGACUGGAGAAAAAUUUCAACUAUGCGUUCCCUCUGUCGGCUUACAACGCAACAAAAGCGCCGACAACAGGGUGUCGAGACCAGUUCAUCCGAAACGACCUCACCGCCUCCCACCAUUCGUCCCGCCUACUUUUCCUCAAGGGAGCACCCUGGAUUCACCGUUGGAGGUGAAUGGCCAAAGACAAGCGCCGUCUAGCGCCAUACUUUUAGCCAACAGUCUAUUGAAGAAUACUCGAAAAAUGAUUAAUACUGGGCUUAAAUCUAGGCAAAGAGAGUCUGAUACAUAUUGGGGAGCCGUUAGAGAAAUAAAUGGGGACGAAAUGUUUCUAUCCGGUAAUGCAAUUUAA